AUGAAAUAAUCAAAAAUGAAAAAAAUAUAAUCAAAAUCAGUUGAUAAAACAACUAGAUAAAUAAUUAAUAACAAUAGUUAAAUGUCUUCAUCAGUUGAUUAUAAAAUGAAAUCAAGUGGACAUAAUUUAAAAUAUAAUUAAAGCACUUAAAGUGUAAUAUCUGAAAGUAGUAUUGCUAAAAAAGGAGUUAUAUACGAGGGUAGUAAUACCUAAGUAUAUAGAAUAUUAAUAGAAGGACAUUUUAAUUACUAUGCCCUUAAAAUAAGUAAAGUUAAUAUGAAUAAAUGCACAAAAGAAAUAUAUUAUCUUAAAUAAUUAAGACAUCCUAAUAUAAUAGAAUUAAAACAUCAUUAUGUAAUUUAUGACAAAACUAAUGUAUAAUCUCUUACAUUAUAUAGGAUAAUAGACCUAUGUUAUAUGAGAUUAUGCCUUUAAUGAGUUGUAAUCUAAGAUCCUUCUUAUAGUAAUUCUAUAAACACUAAAAUGUGUAAGAGAAUACUAAAGUAAUAGAUCCUAAAUUUAUUAAUCAAGCUAAAUAAGAAAAGAAAGCUAAACAAAUCUUAUUCAAAUUAUUUAUUUAUUAAAUUGUUAGAGCAGUAUCUUAUUUGCAUCAUAAAAAUAUUACUCAUAGAGAUUUAAAUCCCAGAAAUGUAUUGAUUGAUGUAGAUUCACUAAGUGUCUAACUUUGUGAUUUCAACAGCGCUAAAUAAUUAUUUACAUCUAUACCUUCUCCAAAUUAUAUUGGUGAAAGAAAUUAUAGAGCACCUGAAUUAUUAUUAGGUUCUAAAUUAUAUAAUUAGUAAGUUGAUAUUUGGAGUUUGGGUUGUAUUAUAGCUGAAUGUUUUCUAGGUAAAUAAUUAUUUAAUGGAACUAAUACAGUUGAAACUAUGGCAGAUAUUAUUAGAUUACUUGGAACACCUACUCUAUAAGAAAUGAAAAAUCUCAGAUCUUCAAUCUUAGAUCUCAAAAUGCCAGAAAUUCCUAAAUUUCCUAUGGCUAAAAGAUUUUCAGAAAUUGAAAAUGAUUAAUUAGUUGAUUUAUUAGAAAAAAUCUUUGUUUAUGAUCCCAAUUAAAGAAUAUCUGCUUUUGAUAUUCUACUUCAUCCUUUCUUUUAAGAAUUAAAAUAACCAAAUAUCAAAAUCAAUUCCAAAUCUUUACCUAAUCUAUUUAACUUUACAAAAGGUAUUUUAUUAUUAUCUAUUUUUUAUUUUAGAAGAAUUAUAAUUAAAUGAAUAUCAAACUAAUAAAAAUAGAUUAAUACCUAAUUGGUUUACAGAAAAAUAAAAAAGAUUUGAAUAUCUAACCACAAGUAUGGAUGAUGCUAAAUUAUUAUUAAAUAAAUGA